AUGAGGGCUUUCUUGUGUGCUAUAGAUGAGUCGGUAUGGGACUCCGUCAAGAAUGGGAUAUCGCAUGUGGAGGCAGCCAAGGAAGCUUGGACGAUUCUUGAGACUAUCUAUGAAGGUACCAAGAAAGUCAAGGACACGAAACUCCAAAUGCUUACCACCAGAUUUGAAGAGCUCAAGAUGGGUGACAAUGAGUCUUUUAAUUCAGUUUAUGGGAAGCUCAAUAAAAUUAGCUUCCGGGAAAAAGUCACAGCUAUAGAGGAAAGUAAAGAUUUGGAUGAGAUCAAAAUCCAAGAACUCAUUGGAUCUCUCCAAACAUAUGAGUUGGGACUACCUUCUCGCAAGACGAGCAAAUCUCUUGCUCUCAAAACCAUCACCGAAAGAAUGAAUGACUCCUCCAAAGAAGAUGAUGUGGAGAAGGAGGUAGCAUUUCUUGCAAAGAACUUCCGAAAAUUUAUAAAGAUGAAAAAUAGUGGGAAGCCAUUCAGCAAAGGGAAGUUUUCAUCCUCCAAAAGUGAUAGGAAGGAGUUCAAGAAGAAAGAUGGGAAGGAUUUUCAAUCCCCUCAAGGAAUUGUGUGUUACGAAUGCAAUUUCCAUGGACAUCUCAAAAAGGAGUGUCCCAACUAUGUGAGAGGGAAGGGUAAAGUGUUUGCCACUACCCUUAGUGAUUUUGACAGCUCAAAUUCAGACACGGAAGGAGAAUGUGAUAGUGAAGGAAACUACAGAGCAUUCAUGACAAUUGCCUCCGUUGAUUCUAAGAAUGAUUUGAGCAAUUUGGUUGAUGAACUUGGUGAUCUUUCUGAGGAUGAGGAAAUUGAAGAAUCGGAAGAUGAGCGCAUCUCCACCAAGAAACUUGACAAUGUGUUGUCCUUUCAAAAGUCUUCACAUGAUAAGACUAGUUUGGGCUAUACCAAAGAAGGAAGUUCUAGUAGCGAAUCCAAGAAGGAAGUAAAGUUCAUAUCAGCCAAGAAUGAAGAGAAACUUAAAGAAAUGAAGCCUAGGAUUGAAACCCCUGCUGUAGUAAAAAGAACCAUUGGUGCAAUGCCAAAGGAAAAAUAG